AUGGACAUGACAAGCCGAAAGCGUCUUAACUACGAAGACUAUACUGUGGCUCUGGUAUGCGCGAUGAGUUUUGAAAUGAGCGCCAUCCGCUACAUGUUGGAUCAGGAACAUGUCCGUUUGCCUACCAAGCAGGGAGACUCGAACAUUUACGUCCUGGGUGAGCUAAGUGGACACAAUGUUGCAAUUUCAUGUCUUCCGGGCAAUCAAGGCAAAGGCUCAGCAGCAACUGUCGCUGCUAAUAUGACACGCACCUUUCCGUCAAUUAAAUACCGACUUCUUACUGGAAUUGGAGGAGGCGUGCCAAGUGACGUGAAUGAUAUCCGUUUAGGUGAUGUAGUUGUCAGUAUGCCUAAUGGUCAAAAUAGUGGAGUGGUUCAAUAUGACCAGGGCAAGGAUACAGAGAGUGAUUUCAAGCUUAAGGGAUUCCUGUGGCCUCUCCCUACUAUUCUGAGGAGUGCAGUAAUGACCAUGCAGUCCGACCAUAUGGUCAUGAAAAACAGGAUCACUGAAUUCAUAUCAGCGAUGUUACAGAAAGGCCCUCGCCUUACGGUUUACCAACGGCCGUCCCCCGAUUUGGAUAUCCUGUUCGAACCUGAUUAUGCUCACGAUCCAAAGGAAGCCACUUGUGAAAAAUGUGACAAGAGCAAAAUAAUCCCUCGACGCCCACGAGAAGCUGACCUUCCAGAGAUACAUUAUGGAUUGAUCGCGUCUGGAGACCGAGUGAUAAGGAGCGCCAUCAGAAAGAGGGCAAUCAGCCAAGACAUAGGCAAUAUACUUUGCUUUGAGAUGGAGGCAGCUGGCCUCAUGAGCGAGUUUCCUGGCAUCAUUAUUCGCGGUAUCUCUGAUUAUGCCGACUCUCACAAGAAUGAUAUCUGGCAGCCAUACGCUGCUGCUACUGCUGCUGCAUGUGCCAAGGAGCUUCUUUCCUAUAUAUAUCCAGGGGAUCUCCUAGCCAUACCACCACCUCUCCCGGAUAGAACCGAACAAAUGUAA